GUUCACGCGACGGAACGCGUCUUCUAUCUCUGCCGUUGCUUCCCCUCAUACUGGACGGUGUGCUAGGACGAACACUCCGUACAAGCACGAUAAUCCCCCAUCACGUAGAGCAUGGGACACGGUGACGGGCAAACUCUCAAUGGGGACGAUGAGGGUUCUCCUCCCCGUGAUGCUGAGCUGCGGGUCGCGAACAAACUGCUCGCAGACUUGGAACGAUUGAGAGGCGAUGCUGCCGAGGUCAAGGAGAUAUUGAGCGGACAGUUGCGGAAGAUCAUAGAAUUGGAGAAGGAGAACCGGCGACUCCAGGAGCGUCUCAAGAUCGCGGAGAAGCCCGAGUUCAACCGACCCCGAGUAGUCUGCCUCAUAGAUGGCGACGGCGCCAUCUUCACCAGAGAAACGAUACUGCAGGGACGUAACGGCGCCUUCGGCGCCAUCCAGAGCCUCCUGAAUGCGAUUCGUAGACGCUCGGAGGAGAAGCACCCGAACUGCGACAUAUGGGUACACUGCGUGAUGAAUAAAAGAGGGCUUACUGGAGCGCUACAACUCACCCAUGAGAUCGUAGACACGUUCAUCGCGGCCUGCAACCGUGCCGACCCGCGGUGUUUCAUGGUCGACGUUGGCACAGGCAAGGAGGCAGCGGACCACAGAAUCAAGCACCUCCUCCGUCAACAUGCUUUCUCUCCUCAUUGCCCUAUGAUCUUCUUUGGAGGUUGUCACGAUAACGGUUAUGCACCCGACCUGCGGACCAUCAUCACCGCAGGUUUGCGUCACAAACUCAUUAUGCUUCCCGGAUAUUCGGACAUUGCGGCAGAGAUUCAAGACCUGCAAUUACCAGAGGAACGGGUAGACGGUUUGUUCGAGCCGCAGAAGAUCCUUUCUCCACGCUCGAGGAACCGGUUGCAAUCGUUCAAGGCAUCGCCACUGCCGCCCACAGCCGCAUUUCGGGCGGAAGCUGGAGACGAGGACCUUGAGAGUGUCUUCUCCGAUGGUUCCGAGAACCCGCUCUCGCCGUUGCCUGACGAUGGCCUGCGCCUAAUGCUGGGACCGGGGGCAAUACAGGAGCUAGAGAAUCCUGUACCAGAAUCCUCGCUGUCGCCCGUGCCGCGGGCGGAUGAUUAUACGUUUACCAGGGGUGGGCGUAUGCAGGAGAAGCCUUGUGGUAAACAUUAUCUCCUUGGCCAUUGUCCAGUCGGGAACAAAUGCCAAUAUUACCAUGACGUUGAGCUCAAUGAGAGGCAAAUAGAGCUCCUGCGCAGUGACAUGAAGAGACGUCCAUGCAGGUUUUUCUCGAAGAAUGGAACCUGUAAAGCUGGAGAGAAAUGCAUCUUCGGUCACCAAUGCCCUGAGGGUGCUCGAUGCAGUAAAGAUAAUUGUCCCUUCGGGCGGGACGCUCACCCGGCUUAAGGUUUCAUGGAAUGCAUGCACUCAGGCAGUCUGUUUUGACGUUCUGAACUGACAAUGCCGUUAUAAAUCUACUGGAUCAAGUAUACCCAUCGGAUCAGUCGUAGGAGGACCGUGGACAUUUUACCAACACAUCUUAUAGUCAGUGCACG